UUCAAAUCUAUCUUUCCCAGUCGGAGCGCGCGUUUUCUUCUUCAGAUUUCCCAGUUGUUUUGAUCGCGGCAUGAAUUACGCUUUCACGAUAACUGGGAACUCGGAAACGAGGUCGAAUCAUGACGUCAAUGCUCUUCAGUCGGAACUCUAGAUAGAUGCCCGAGAUUCCGAGUUGGAUGACCCUUAAUGACAAAUACCAGUCGGAACUCGGUUUUUCUGAGUUGCCAGUUGUUCUGGACGUCCUGAAGUCGGAGAUUUCCGAGUUCCCAGUUAUUUUGAAUUCUGCGUAUGCUAGCUUCAUCAGUCAGGUUUUCUGGUUGCUAAUCUACCCAUCUUCGUUUGUAAGGGAGCUGUUGUGCAGCUGUUGGAACCUGUGUGGAAACCUAGUCUACAAGCAAGGAGCUUGCGGCCACUUUGGCAAAAUAUUUUUCAUGUCAGAGACGGUGGACGCUUGCAGUCGUUUAUGUCAUCCUCUAUUUUCCAGACAGAAGAUCCCGAAACAUCUCCAUUCAAUAUAUUUUUUUAUCUUACUGAUCUUACAAGUAGCCAGCCAAAAUGUCUGUUAAUGUCAACCGCAGUGUGGCAGACCAGUUCUAUCGCUACAAGAUGCCCCGUCUGAUUGCUAAGGUUGAGGGCAAAGGAAAUGGAAUCAAGACCGUCAUUGUCAACAUGACUGAUGUUGCAAAGGCACUGAGUAGGCCUCCAACAUAUCCGACCAAGUUUUUUGGUUGUGAGCUUGGUGCUCAGACCCAGUUUGAUGCCAAGAAUGACCGCUUCAUCGUCAACGGAUCCCAUGAGGCAAACAAGUUGCAGGACAUGCUAGAUGUAUUUAUCCGGAAAUUUGUGCUGUGUCCUGAGUGUGAUAACCCUGAAACUGAUCUGCAUAUCAAUCCUAAGAAACAAACAAUCGGUAACUCCUGUAAGGCCUGUGGGUACCGUGGCAUGCUAGACACACGACACAAGCUCUGCACAUUCAUCCUCAAAAACCCACCAGAAAAUGAACCUGGGUCUGUGGAGAAGAAGAAAGAUAAGAAGAAUCGUAAGAAGGACAAGGAGAAUGGUUCUGGCAGCGUUGAGGCUGGGAACCAUAACGACAUAGAUGCCCCUGAUGCCGUGGACGGUGAAGAUGAUGAGGAUUGGGCAGAGGAGACCACGGAGGAGGCACAGAGACGAAGGAUGGAGGAGAUCAGCUCCCAUGCGAAGAACCUGACCCUCAGUGAGGACCUGGAGAAGACCCUGGAGGAGCGGGUCAACAUAUUCUAUAACUUUGUCAAACAAAAAAGGGAGGACUGCGCCGUUGAUGCAGCAGAUAAGGAGAUCUUGGUGGAGGCAGAGCGUCUGGAUGUGAUGGCCAUGGGACCACUGAUUCUGAGCGAACUGCUGUUUGAUGAAAACAUCCGUGACCAGAUCAAGAAAUACAAACGCCAUUUCCUUCGCUUCUGUGUGAAUAACAAGAAGGCCCAGAAGUACCUCCUGGGAGGCUUUGAGUGCUUGGUGAAGCUGCACCAAGCCCAGCUGCUGCCCCGUGUGCCUGUCGUGCUCAAAGACCUGUAUGAUGCUGAUUUAGUGGAGGAAGAUGUCAUACUGUCCUGGGCAGAGAAGGUGUCCAAGAAGUAUGUCUCUAAGGAACUUGCCAAAGAGAUCCAUGCGAGGGCAUCUCCUUUCAUCAGGUGGCUGAAGGAGGCGGAGGAAGAGAGUGAGGGCAGUGAGGUAGAGGAGGAAGAGGAUGAUGAAAAUGUGGAGGUUGUGUAUGAUUCUUCUGCUCGGGAACUGAAAGUGGAGACAGUAAAACCGAACAAGCCUGACGAGGAAGAGGACGACUUCGAUAUUGAUGCAAUUUAAUUAAACAAGGAUGCCAUUUUUGAGAAGUUGUAGCUCUGAAUCACAUUUUUUCAUCUUGUCAAAUCACCAGCCCUCCUUUUCUCACACCCUCACUGCUUCCUGGCAUGAUUAACAUGGCGCUAUGCACAUUUCCUCUGUAAUUUUGAGAUGUAUCCGAUCUGAGAUAUGGGUCAGUUUUGGGGGAAUUACUUGACUGGCAUGAAUUUCUUCCCUUUUUUGUCAUUAAAUGUUUUACUGUCCACAA